UUCCACUCUCCUUUUGGUACCGCCCCUUCCAUGCACCCUUUAGCCAGCAGCAAGACAGCUGUGUUUGAUCAUAAACCACUUAAACUCCAGGCUCACUGGCAGGGGAAACUUUAGCGUGAAGUGCAACACUGGUUUCUCUCGGUGAGGGGAGCUUUCUUCUCUUUUCCUUUCUCCCUCUGUGAACACUGAAGACUGUAGCAGCGCUCCCUUCUUUUUAAUUUCUCUGUGGACUUGUGUGAAGCUCAUCAAAUUUUUCUGAGUAUGUUCAACGGCAUUGGGAGAUGCCCUUCAACAGAGUUGUGGAAAAGAGCAGAAUAAAACAGACAGCAGAGAUGAAGCACGCCUUGGAGAUGGACUAAGACAGCCCUGAGGUCCUGGUAAGCAGUUUCUUCUCUGAAUUCUCUGAGCACUCCACAGUAUUAACAAGUCUCUCACAGCAAUGGAUUGUCUGUGAAGUCAAAACCAGUUUGGCUCUUUUAGAAAAUCUUGCAUCAUUAACUUAAACUCUCAGUGUGGAGUAAAAAUGGCUGUCUAGAGCAAAAUGUGUCAGAUGGAAAAAUUUUGGAGGAGAAAGUAUUGAACCAGUUGAACAAAGCUUUGAAGCAUUGAAAUCUGCAGAAAUCGUCAAGCCCUGAGAAGUCUAAUCAUGAAUUCUGGAGUUGCUAUGAAAUAUGGAAAUGACUCCCCUGCAGAGCUGAGUGAGCUUCAUUUAGCAGCCCUGGCUUCAUUAAAGGGAGACAUAGUGGAGCUUAAUAAAUGUCUACAACAAACAGAAAAGGAACGUGACCUGUUGGAAAAGAAACUGGCUAAAGCACAGUGUGAGCAAUCCCACCUGAUGAGAGAGCAUGAAGAUGUGCAGGAGCGAACAACGCUGCGCUACGAGGAACGCAUCACAGAGCUGCACAGUAUCAUUGCUGAACUGAACAAGAAAAUCGAUCGACUACAGGGAACAACAAUAAGGGAGGAGGAUGAGUACUCAGAGCUGCGGUCGGAGCUCAGCCAGAGCCAGCAGGAGGUUAACGAGGACUCGCGCAGCGCGGACCAGAAUUCCGUUUCAGUACCAGAGAAUCAGUCCACCGUGGUCACUGCAGAUAUGGAUAACUGUAGUGACUUGAAUUCAGAACUGCAAAGAGUGCUGACAGGUCUGGAAAAUGUUGUCUGUGGACGGAAGAAAAGCAGCUGCAGUUUGUCAGUAGCAGAAGUGGACAGGCACAUUGAACAGCUCACUACUGCCAGCGAACACUGUGAUUUAGCCAUUAAGACUGUAGAAGAGAUUGAGGGUGUACUGGGACGUGACCUUUACCCAAACCUGUCAGAGGAGAGGUCUCGAUGGGAGAAGGAGCUCGCUGGCCUACGAGAAGAGAAUGAAAGCCUCACGGCCAUGCUGUGCAACAAAGAGGAGGAGCUCAACAGGACCAAGGCCACCAUGAACGCUGUCCGUGAGGAGAGGGACAGGCUGCGCAGAAGGGUUCGAGAGCUUCAGACACGUUUGCAGAGCGUGCAGGCAACGGGCCCAUCCAGCCCCAACCGUCUCACUUCUGCCAAUCGACCCAUCAACCCCAGCACGGGAGAGCUGAGCACCAGCAGCAGCAGCAACGACAUUCCCAUUGCCAAGAUUGCUGAAAGAGUGAAGUUGUCAAAGACAAGAUCAGAGUCUUCAUCAUCUGAUAGACCUGUCUUAGGAUCAGAAAUCAGCAGCAUAGGGGUGUCUAGUACUGUGGCUGAACAUUUGGCACAUUCCCUCCAAGACUGCUCAAACAUCCAGGAAAUCUUCCAGACUCUCUAUUCACAUGGAUCUGCUAUCUCUGAAAGUAAAAUUCGAGAAUUUGAAGUGGAGACAGAGAGAUUAAAUAGCCGUAUUGAACACCUGAAAUCCCAGAAUGACUUACUGACAAUAACACUGGAAGAGUGCAAGAGCAAUGCUGAGAGGAUGAGCAUGCUUGUUGGGAAGUAUGAGUCCAACGCCACGGCCCUCAGGCUGGCGUUGCAGUACAGUGAACAAUGCAUAGAAGCGUAUGAACUGCUGUUGGCAUUGGCAGAAAGUGAGCAGAGUCUUAUUCUUGGGCAGUUCAGAGCUGCAGGUGUUGGUUCUGUUGGAGACCAGACAGGUGAUGAAAACAUCACACAGAUGCUUAAGAGAGCUCAUGACUGCAGGAAGACAGCUGAGAAUGCAGCAAAAGCCUUGCUAAUGAAACUAGAUGGGAGCUGCGGGGGAGCCUAUGCAGUCACUGGCUGCAGUGUGCAGCCCUGGGAAAGCCUCUCAUCCAACAGCCACACAAGUACCACCAGCUCAACUGCAAGCAGCUGUGAUACGGAAUUUACAAAGGAGGAUGAGCAGCGGCUGAAGGAUUACAUCCAGCAGUUGAAAAAUGACAGGGCAGCAGUGAAACUGACAAUGCUGGAGCUGGAAAGCAUCCACAUUGAUCCCCUUAGUUAUGACGUUAAGCCACGCGGAGACAGCCAGAGGCUAGACCUGGAAAAUGCAGUCCUGAUGCAGGAACUUAUGGCAAUGAAGGAGGAGAUGGCAGAGCUCAAGGCACAGCUUUACCUGCUAGAGAAGGAGAAGAAGGCAUUGGAAUUGAAACUGAGCACUCGAGAGGCCCAGGAGCAGGCCUACCUCGUCCACAUUGAGCACUUGAAAUCUGAAGUGGAAGAACAAAAAGAGCAGAGAAUGAGGUCUCUCAGCUCAACCAGCAGUGGAAGCAAAGACAAACUGGUCAAGGAAUGCAGUGAUGGCACCGCAGCACCAUUAACUCUUGCUGAGCUGAGACCAUACACCGAGAGUGAACUGACUGCUGAGCUGACAAACGCACUCAGGAGGGAGAAGAAACUGAAGGCUAGAGUGCAGGAGUUAGUGAGUGCUUUGGAGAGGCUCACGAAGAGCAGUGAGAUCAGACAUCAGCAGUCAGCAGAAUUUGUUAAUGACCUUAAAAGGGCAAACAGCAACUUGGUAGCAGCUUAUGAAAAAGCAAAGAAAAAGCAUCAAAACAAGCUGAAGAAACUGGAAUCACAAAUGAUGGCCAUGGUGGAGAGACAUGAAACACAAGUGAGGAUGCUCAAACAAAGAAUAGCUUUACUGGAAGAAGAGAACUCCAGACCACACACCAAUGAAACUUCACUUUAAAUGCAUCUCUUUAAAGGAUGCUUAGUGCCAUUACAACUUUCUUUUGGAGGCUGCCUUUUAGGGAGCUUCAAACGCUAAAAGCUCUGUCAAUGCUGACACACUUAAAGCACCUUCUCUGGGAUCCCAGAGAGGUGUCAUGGGGAUAAUAAAAAUGUUAACCUUAAGAACUGUUUCAUAAUGUAAAAUGGCAGUGCCUGAAUUAUCAUGCUAUAAUUAUGUACGUUGUCUGUGUCGUUAUGUUUAUAUUCAUACAGCUUCUCUUCCAUUUUAUAUACGUCCCAUGGGUGACAGUGUCACAUAGCAAAAUAAUUAAUUUUAAGAGGUUUUCAUUUCAGUCAUUUGGAGAUCAUUUGAGAGUUUUCCCAAUCCCUGAGCUCCCUCUGCACACAAGUCCAUAUUGUGCCCUCAAGAAAGACUUGCUGUUGUGGUUAAACCAAACAAAUGGGCAGCUGCAGAGAGGGGAGAUGACAGGCUGCCUUGCUUUUUUGCACCCUAUUUGCAAUACUGCUGCUCACAGUGCAGAUCAGGUGGGAAAAUUCCUGUUGAUUUGGAAAAAACCCCAAGAAACUCUCAGAGUUGCAUCUCUGAGAACCAUGAUGAUGGUGUAUUUCUUACAGUUUGUAAGAGGGCUAAAGGCUGUGAGUUUCGCCACACCACGUAGAUGGUCUGAGCCAAGGGUGGGUAAGAAAUGAUAGGAGACCUUCUGGUAUUUAUAUUACAUGGUGUUUGCAACUACUUUGUAGAAGAGUUGGUUUUUCUUGCUAACACAUUAUAGCCAAGGUUUUCUCUAAGAAGCUGGGCCAUUUUUGUCACAUGUAUAGUACUUAUUACAGCUUACUGUGAUCAAGAGGUAGAACGUCUUUUUUUAAUACUUUUUUUUGACCCAAAAAGGUACUUAUUAGGAACGUACCUGUUUAAUAUCGAAUACGUAGGCACAAAACUAUAAAUGUGUAGAUGUAUGGAUAUCCUGUCACAAACAGAAUGUGAAUGGUAAAGUCUUCUUAUAGCUUCUUAGGUUAGUUUUUGUUACUGCUAACAUUUUCUUCUUUCGUUUAAGUCACAUCAUAUUGCUGUAUUAUCAAACUGACUGAAUGGCAAAUGUUGCCCUAUUAUAUUAAUGAACAUUAAGCAAAUCAUGGGGAUAAGGUUGAUUUCUGUUGGGGUCAAAAUACAGGAGUCUACCAUAGCACCUGUUACGUUCAGAUUCUUCUUCUUUUUGACAGAGUACGUAAAAGAGCUUCCAUGUGUGUUUUAACAUGGCAAACUAGAGUCAAUUCACUGUGCUAGCCUGCUACUAUGUUACACCUCUGCUUUGCUUUUUUCAGGCUUAUUUCCUAGGGAAUCUGAUUUCAGGAGUCAUUCAUCCUUUUUGCUUCACAUGUUGAGUGAGUUGCACCUCCAGUUUUACCAGUGUAUUUAGAAUUAUGAUAACUUCUCUCACUUAUUCCUCCCAUUUCUGGUACUAAGGAAAUAUUUUUAGACGACUUUAACUGUUUUUGUCUACCGUAGGGUUAGGCCAGGCAGCCAAAAUAUGGGAAUUUGUGUUCAGAGUAUGGCAUUAUUGUUACACCUUGGUUGCAUCUGAAACUGUAGCAGUUGGUGUUCAUCUCUUUCUACUGUAGCUGCUGUUGUCUUCUUUCCUUAGAGUAGUCAUUCCUACUUCCCUAGAGCCUGAUACUUCAUCUACAAAGCCAGCAUGACUGAUUGCAACAGCAAGUUAAAACAAUGCUGAUUUCAAAAUUUUUAGUUAGUAACAUCCUGGAAUUGGUUUUGAUCAGUCCUCUUUCUCAAGCUAAUUGCACUUAAUUUACAAUGUGAAUGGAAAUUUUUGCAAACCAGUCUGUUGAGGGAGGAGGCACAUUGAUUUCUGCUGCCUUUAUGGUGUUGCUUGGCAGCUUUCUGUGGCAUUUCCCUUUUUUGGCUAAGUUUCUCACCAACAGGAAUGUGGGGUUUUGCCAUAAGCUUCAGUUGUAGCUGAGCACACUUGUUUCACAAGAAACACAAAGGAAAAUAUCCACUAUGUACUGUGGUAAAAAUGCAAUUACACUUUUGUCUUCUGGCAUCUGAAACACCCAUCUGAUUUGAGGUAAUCUCAAAAUGUCCAUGUGAAAUACCUUUCAAUGAAGAGGACUAGAAACAACUACUGCACUGGAUUGCCUCUUAGGCUCUUUUUUUUUUUUUUUCUAUUUAGAAUAACAGAAUCACACAAUGAUUUGGAAGGGACCUUAAAAGAUCAUCUUGUUCCAACUCCCCUGCUGUGGGCAGGGACAUGUCCCUCUACACCAGGUUGCUUCAAGUCCCAUUCAACCUGGCCUUGAACACUUCCACGGAUGGAGCAUCCGCAGCUUCUCUGGGCAGCCUGUUCCAGUGCCUCACCACCUUCACAGUAAAGAAUUUAUUCCCUAAAAAAAUUUCUUAGUACCACUUGAAUUUAAAUCUGUCUUUAAAUUAUAGGUACAAAUUAAGAAAGCAUAAAACCACAGCAACACAGAAUGGUUGGAAGGGACCACUGGUGGGGUCAUCUGGUCCAACCUCCCUGCUCAAGCCGGGUUUCUUGGACCAGGUUACUCAGCAUUGCAUCCAGAUGGUUCUGGAACAUCUCCACUGAGGGAGACUCCACAAGCUCUCUGGUCAACCUGUUCCAGUGCUCAGUAAUCCGCUCAGGAAAGAAUUUGUUCCUCAUAUUGACGAUCAGUUUCUGCCUGUUGCCUCUUGUCCCCUUGCUAGGCGCCCCAAGCAGAGCCUGGUUCAUCCUCUGACCCAUCCCUGCAGACACUGACAGACAUUGAUGAGGUCCCCUCUCAGUCCUGUCCUCUCAGGGCUGAACAGGCACCUGGGUUUAGAGGCAUAAAAAACUGCAAUUGUCCUCAGUGCUUUUCAGGCCUCAAGACUUGCUGAUGUCGUUUCACUGCAUUUACUGUGUAUCUUUCCUGCCAACUGUGCUCUGAAAGUGCUUUAGAAUUAAUUAUAAAUCAUCAGUAAAUGUAAGCCUUUUUCUUCCCAGAGGGUUUGUAGAUGAAAAAGAAACACUGAUACCACACAGCCUCAGCAGCAGCAAGUUUGCCAGACCACCAGUUUAGUUUGCCCAAGCAAGCAGCUACUAAUUGAAUUGUUGGCAUGCUGGAAAAGAUCAGUAGAGAAGUGGUAAAAGGUUUAGUGCUAGUGUGAAAACUCUUCAAUAUUAAUAAUUAGCUGUAGUUCCAGUGUAGCCAUUACAAUGGCACCAACCCUGAGAAUAAAAGCCAAAAAACUUAACUCUGUUCAUGCAACUCUGAAAUACCAGCACAUGAGAUUUAUAUAAGAGUGUGUGAUGCGCCCUGAGUCACAGCAACUAAACUCUUCUAACAUUUGCUGCAGAAAUAAUACAUUGGAAAAACAAGAAAUAUAGGUGGUUCUUGCCAACAAAACCUAAGUCCACUCAUGACUUUUUGAUUUUUUAAGUCAUCAGAGUGCAUGAAACUUUGUAUUUCACAGUGUGUUCAGAAGAAAAAAAAAAUACUUUUUUUUUCUAAUUAUAUGUAUAAAUCUUCACCAGCUUGAAUGUACUGUUAGCUAUUGCAAAGCACAUGUGACUAAGUUUGCAUUCAUGUCAGUAUUGUUCUACUGGUUUUAUUAGGAUUUUCUCCUCCUUUAAUACUGCACCAUACAUUUUAACUUUAUAAAUUUUUCACCAUACUGAAUUAGCUUUAAAUGUGUUGCUACUUUUCAGUUUCCUAGCAGCUGUAAAAUAGCUAUUUUGUGUUUAUUUGAUAUAGAAUUGUAAAAAUUGCAUUUAUUUAUACAGAGGCAUUUAUAAUACUUAUUUUACAAAUGUUCUUAUAUUCUGAAUAAAUUUCUAAUGCUGUUUC